UACAACGGCUCCAGGCGCCGCGCGCUUUGAGCGGACUGCGAACUCGACGAGGGGCCCCAGUGGCUGUCGCCGCGGCGCCACGGGCCUUCAGUCUAGCUUCAACGCGCGUGCCAGGUCUGAGCCGCUUCUUUCCAGGAAAUGCAAUGGGAAUCGCCUCAUCACAGGGCAGAGUCGUAACAUCCGUCGCAGCCUCAGCUGCGUCGAGUAGCACAGUAUCCGCUAGCGCUCCCGGUCGAACUCUAAUGACGUCGUCCAGCACCUCACUCGCUCCUGCGACGCACGACGAAAAAGGGCCAACCGAACCAGCCCGAAUCUCAUCACGGAAGUUUAGCAAUCCCUUUCUCUCGACAGUCGUCAAUGUUGGGGUCGCAGCGCCAUCCAUCCACUUGAAGCCGAGCGCGCACUUUUCUGGGUUGCCCGGGGCGACAAUCUUCAUGCAGGCAAAAGAUGGAGGUGGAGCUGCGUUGGCCGCUAAGCAGACAGCGCCAGCCACUAUUCAGACGACUUGCCGCGUAAUACGUGCUCCUCCAACAAAUAUCUUUACACCGGCAAUCCGACUGCGAGAGUGA